CGAAAGUACUUGGCGUUACUCAAUUGUCAACUUGGUUUCCACUUCGUUCGCAGCUCAGAAGACCACCAACGACCGCUUGUCUCGGUACAGUUGGCCAUCGCCUCCCCGAAUUGUACGAGGUCUCCCUCCGAGCUCCAGAGAUGAACUCCUGACAACCUGAAUGAAAACAUGUCCGCGAUCAGUUCUCUCCCGCGCGGAGUCAGCGACACACUCAAGACAAUCCUCAAUACAACGGCUGCUGCUCUCGAUCACUACACAGCCGUCGUCAUUUCUGCCACAUGGUUCUUCAUCUGCUCACUCUUCUUCAGGUGGUCGAGAACUCCCACAGUCAGCAAGAUGACAGCUCCUGAUCGAGCACAAGGAAAACAUUUACCAGAUUUCAGAGCGAUGACUUGUAAGGAAAAGGCACGCAAUCAACAACACCAGAACGGCCGUGUAGAGCUCGUGUGGGCGACGGGCAAGGCGGAUACUGGACAAGCAACACUCGAUCGCAUGAGACCUGUUCAAAUUCUGCUCAAGGUCAUCAUUGUGGUCGCUGCAGGAUACUUCCUCGCUGUCCGCUUCGGCUCACAUCUCCUGCAGUACACAUUGUACGUCGUCACAGACAUCAGAAUCAUUGCUUACUUCUGUAUUCUGGCUGUCGUCUUCACCUGGCUCCGCGAUCGCGGAUUGGUUCGAGAUCCUUGCUGGUGCUACGGAAUUUAAGGCACAGGUACAUCAUCAACGCUACCUAUGGAGAGAAGCAUGCCAAGAAACUUGUCGAACCGAGUUGUUGCGCGAUUUCAAAUUGAGGCUAGGCGAUUUGCAUUCCGACAUCUGGUGUAGACAAAGGGCAAGCGGAAAACUCUUCAAUCACAGCC